CCAAGUGUAACAGACUCAGACUCGGAGGCCCCUGCGUCUGGCUGGUGCACCUGAGGGAGACUCCUGCGGGGCCGGGGAGGCCCGAGACGGGACCUCUGCGGGGAGAGGGCGAGCCGGCCCUAGGGGCUGCCGAUGUGGCCCCGAGGCUGAGUCCAGGCGGGGUCUGGCCUCGGCCCCGGCCCCUCAAGGAGCCAGCCCUACACUCCAUGGGGUUGCUGCUGCCCAAGGAGAAGGGGCACGUUCUCUGCCUGUGGAGAGAGUUCUGUAGGUGGUUCCAGCAACAGGAGUCAUGGGCUCAGAUGCGAGAUGAGCAGAACCUGCUGCAGCAGAAGAGGAUCUGUGAGUCUCCUCUCCUCCUAGCUGCCAAAGAGAAUGAUAUCCAGGCUCUCAGCAAGCUGCUCAAGUAUGAGGCCUGCGAUGUCCACCAGAAAGGAGCCCUGGGGGAGACAGCGCUGCACGUGGCGGCCCUCUAUGACAACCUGGAGGCCGCCAUCGUGCUGAUGGAGGCCUCCCCAGAGCUGGUCAACGAGCCUGUUACAUCUGAGCUGUAUGAAGGUCAGACGGCACUGCACAUGGCCGUCAUGAACCAGAACGUGAAGCUGGUGAAAGCCCUGCUCGCCCAUGGGGCCAGGGUCUCUGCAAGAGUUACAGGCUCCAACUUCCGCCCUGGUCCUCACAACCUCCUCUACUUUGGGGAGCACCCCUUGUCCUUGGCCGCCUGCGUGGGCAGCGAGGAGAUCGUGAGGCUGCUCCUCGAGCACGGAGCUGACAUCCGGGCCCAGGACUCCCUGGGAAACACAGUGUUGCACAUCCUCGUCCUCCAGCCCAACAAAACCUUUGCCUGCCAGAUGUACAACCUGCUGCUGUCCUACGAUGGGUGUGGGGACCACCCGCAGUCCCUGGACCUCGUGCCCAAUCACCAGGGUCUCACCCCCUUCAAGCUGGCUGGCGUGGAGGGCAACACCGUGAUGUUCCAAAACCUGAUGCAGAAACGGAAGUACGUCCAGUGGACAUAUGGGCCACUGACUUCCACACUCUACGACCUCACGGAGAUUGACUCCUCGGGGGAGGAGCUAUCCCUGCUGGAGCUUAUUGUCACCUCCAAGAAUCGGGAGGCUCGCCGCAUCCUGGACCAGACGCCAGUGAAGGAGUUGGUGAACCUCAAGUGGAAGAGAUAUGGGCAGCCGUACUUCUGUGUGCUGGCGGCCACAUACUUGCUGUACAUGGUCUGCUUUACCAUGUGCUGUGUCUACCGCCCCCUCAAGCCCAGGACGGACAACCAAACUGGCCCCCGGGACAACACCCUCUUACAGCAGAAGCUGCUUCAGGAGGCCUAUGUGACCCCCGAGGAUAACCUCCGAAUGGUGGGGGAGCUGAUGUCUGUCUUUGGAGCUGUGGUUAUUCUGCUCAUAGAGAUUCCAGACAUCUACCGUGUGGGGAUCACUCGCCUAUUUGGGCAGACCAUCCUUGGGGGACCGUUUCACGUCCUCUUCAUCACCUAUGCCUGCAUGGUGCUGGUGACCAUGGUGAUGCGGCUCACCAACACCAGCGGGGAGGUGGUGCCCAUGUCUUUUGCCCUGGUGCUGGGUUGGUGCAACGUCAUGUACUUUGCCCGAGGAUUCCAGAUGCUGGGCCCCUUCACCAUCAUGAUCCAGAAGAUGAUUUUUGGCGACCUGAUGAGAUUCUGCUGGCUGAUGGCUGUGGUCAUCCUGGGCUUUGCCUCAGCCUUCUUCAUCAUCUUCCAGACAGAGGACCCGAACGAGCUGGGCCAUUUCUACAACUACCCCAUGGCGCUGUUCAGCACCUUCGAGCUGUUCCUCACCAUCAUCGACGGCCCCGCCAACUACGACGUGGACCUGCCCUUCAUGUACAGCGUCACCUAUGCUGCCUUCGCCAUCAUCGCCGCUCUGCUCAUGCUCAACCUCCUCAUCGCGAUGAUGGGCGACACUCACUGGCGUGUAGCGCACGAGCGGGAUGAGCUCUGGAGGGCCCAGGUCGUGGCCACCACGGUGAUGCUGGAAAAGAAGCUGCCUCGCUGCCUGUGGCCUCGCUCAGGGAUCUGCGGGUGCAAGUUCGGGCUGGGGGACCGCUGGUUCCUGCGGGUAGAAGACAGACAGGCUGUCAACCGGCGGCGUGUCCAGCACUACACACAGGCCUUCUGCAACCCAGGCUCCGAAGAGGACGUGGAAAGACGGUGGCUAGGCGUCUCCUCCAGCCCCCACCUGUCCCUUCCCACCCCCUCACUGUCUCGGAGUACCUCCCGCAGCAGCACUAACUGGGAGAGGCUGCGGCAAGGGACCCUGAGGAGAGAGCUGCGGGGGGUGGUGAACAAGGCUCUGGAAGAUUGGGAGGGCUGGGAGUAUCAGAUCUGAGCGCCUGGGAGCAUCCGAAAACAAAGCCUAGACCUCUUUGUCCUGGG